GCUUUAGAGGGAAGGUUGGAUUACACGGAGAAUAAAAGCAGUCCCGGAUUGACAAAAUUAGCGGGAUGGCGCAGCUGCGGAAGCUCGGAUGCGAUGGGCUGAGACUAAACUCCCGCGCCGACCCCAGAGGCCCUCAGGUUUCCGCCAGACACGAGAUCCUCACCAGUCUGGUGUCGGCCCUGGACUCUGUGUGCUUUGCUAUGUCCAAGCUGAACGCCGAGGUGGCGUGCGUCACCGUGCACGAGGACAGCGUGAUCGCCAUGGGAACCGAGAAGGGGAGAAUUUUUCUGAAUUCGAGGAAGGAAAUACAGAGCGACUUUCACAAGUUCUGCCGGGUGUCCUGUCUGCAGGCGCUAAAUUCAGUCAACUCCCACACCAAAGCUCCAGACGCAGACUGCAGCCGGGCCGGUAAAGACGGGGCAGCGCCGGUAAAGCAGCGGGCCUUAACGGAGACCCACUCCAAUACCUUCGUCCUGAGGAAGAUGGUGGAGGAAGUCUUCAGCGUGCUUUAUAGUGAGGCUGUAGGGAAGAGCAGCCUGGUCCCCGUGCCUUACGAGUGGAUCCUGAAGGAUCCCGGCGCCAUGACUGUUCACGGCCUGCCCGACGGAGUGACCCUGCGGAGACCCGCCGAGUACGACACCAAGACUUUAAUGAAGAUUCUGGAACAUAGCAACCGCAUCCGCUUCAUCGUCAAACGAACCCCAGACGAACCUCAGGGCGAUGGCAAAGUCGGUCCGGAAACCACCCACCACGGCUCCCCUACCGCCAAGCCCGCUGUAGGUAGCAACCACACUCCCAUCAAAGCUCCGUCGCAGGAAGCGCUCGCCAGCAGCUCGGUGCUUUCCAGUUUCCUGUACGCCAUGCCGGCGCCCUCCCAGACGCACCAGGAUGGCAAACAGGAUCCGAAAUCUUGUGCCGCGCACGGCCUGAUCAAGGAGAGACCGCCGGCAUGGAUGGCAGGCGAGGAGAAAGGAACGCCGCAUACAGACGGCACAGACAGCGGUGAGCGGAUAUCACUGACGGGUGACGUCACCCAGAAUCCCCCCAGCAUCCACAUCUCCAAGCGCCUUCUGUUCUCCAUAGUACACGAAAAAUCAGAAAAAUGGGAAUCGUUUAUCAGAGAAACAGAGGACAUCAACACGUUGCGAGAAUGUGUCCAGAUCCUCUUCAACAGCCGCUAUGCUGAAGCGUUGGGUUUGGAUCACAUGGUUCCCGUGCCAUACCGGAAGAUCGCCUGUGAUCCAGAAGCAGUGGAGAUUAUAGGAAUACCGGACAAGAUUCCCUUCAAGAGGCCGUGCACCUACGGAGUGCCCAAGCUCAAACGGAUACUGGAGGAGAGACACAGUGUUCGCUUUGUGGUCAGACGGAUGUUUGAUGAGCGGAUCUUUACAGCAGCAGGGAAGGUCGCUAAGGAGGAGGGGAAGCAGGACAGUUCUGCCCUCGAGGACUGCUUUCCAGAGGGCCUCAGGGUGCCAAACGCCACUCUGGAACUGGUCAGCAACACUCACAGCAGCAGAUCCACCAGUUCCUGCGUCAGUCCGUUAGUAGAGUGUGAAGCAGGGCCCUCUGGAGACUGUAUACCUGUCAAAAAGAUCAAAACAGAACCACCAGAUGGAGAAAUUAUUCAAGUGACUGUACCAGCUAUUCCCGAACCUAAUGCAUCCUCAGACGAGCCAAACGAACCUCACACUGAACCCGUGACCUCUGAUCUUCGGCGCCCCCUGGAACCAUUAACAGUGGAAGACUUGGCGCAGAAGGCCACACCACCAGGGCUUAAGAGAGUAGUUGAAGAAGACAUUGGGGAGAUGAUCCUGCAGCUGAGGAAGCAGGUUGAGGGUCUCUUCAGUACGAAAUACGCUGAAGCUCUUGGUCUGCCCGAACCAGUGAAGGUUCCCUAUUCCAAGUUCCAGAUGUAUCCCGAGGACCUGUUCAUCACCGGACUGCCAGAGGGGACGACAUUCCGAAGACCGAACUGCUUCGGGGCAGCCAAGCUUCGCAGGAUCCUCAGUGCCAGUAACCACAUCCAGUUUGUCAUAAAAAGGCCGGAGCUGUUAACAGACACUCAGCUCAAGAACGAACCUCCACCUCAGCCGGCGUCCGACUCAGUUGCCGUUUAUUCGGACGAGCCGUCACCUGGACAGGUAGCCGAGAGUUCGGUCUGUUUCCCCCCUAUAGAGUCUGAUUCUAUAGACAACCUUCCAGAAGAUCCUGGACCUGCCUCCAAACGUCCUGCAUUCCUAGAUAGCUUAGAAGCGAAGCUCUCUCGGAUCGACUUGGCCAACACCCUAAGGGAGCAGGUCCAGGACCUGUUCAACAGAAAGUACGGCGAAGCACUGGGCAUCAAAUAUCCCGUGCAAGUGCCUUACAAGAGGAUCAAGAGUAACCCCGGCUCUGUGAUCAUCGAGGGCCUGCCUCCGGGAAUCCCCUUCCGAAAACCAUGCACCUUCGGCUCACAGAAUUUAGAGAGGAUACUGGCGGUGGCUGAUAAAAUCUCUUUCACCAUCAUGAGGCCUUUCCAAGGACUUAUCCCCAAACCAGCACCGCGAAGAAUCACUUUAUUAAAGAAAACGUAUUCAUCAACAAGUGAUGAUGAAGAGGCCAGUCGAAUGGGUGAAAAGGUCCUACUACGGGAACAAGUGAAAGAAUUGUUCAACAAGAAAUACGGCGAAGCUUUAUGUUUGGAUCGACCUGUUGUGGUCCCGUACAAGCUGAUCCGGGCCAAUCCGGACUCCAUAGAGGUUCGAGGACUUCCGGAGGAGGUUCCCUUUAGAAACCCCAACACCUACGACCUGGUCCGAUUAGAGAAGAUCCUUCAGGCCAGAGAUGACAUCAGCAUCAGUAUCAAAACACCUUUACAGCCUUUUGUACAGCUUUGUCCUCCAACGUCAGGUUCAGAAGGAAAUGAAGUCUCAAUUCAUCGAAGGAAGCGUAAACUAAUGCUGGACAGCAGUCAAGCACCCCCACGCUCAGGAGCUGCUAAGGACACUGCUGCUCCAGCCAAUCAGAUUCCAGUAAUGCAGUGGCCCAUGUACAUGGUGGACUACAGCGGAGUCAACGUCCAAGUUCCAGGGAAGGUGAAUUACUAAUCCACAACCCGAUGCCCCUCUGAAGGGUGAAGAAUCAGGCAGGAAACGCGGUCAGACUCGUAUCUGAUAUCAAAUCAGUCUAUGAAAAGAGUCUGAUUACGCUCUGUAAUGCACCCGUGUGGAUGCUGGCAAUCAUGAACUCAUCAUCAUCGAGGAGGUGCUCAUCACGCUUCAGUGCUAAAUGACUCAGACGGUUACAUCCCAGAUCUGUCAGUGCUUUAUUUCCGGGAAGUGCGGAGUGUUCUUUUUUUUAGUACACAACAUAUUAAACCGAAAUGUACCGGGUGGGUGUUACGUGUGAAAGGGUCGAUUUGGGUAAAUACCGACUGGGUUGCCAGGUUGGUGUAAACUAAAGCUAAUGUGUUACUGGGUAAUACGGAGCAAAUUCAAAACAUUAAGACUUUGAAGACACCAGCAGGGAAACAUUAACUUCAGCUGUUCAGUAUAGUUGGGAGUUUUUCUACCAUGUAUAAGGAUAAUGCAAGUACAGUCACCAGGGCAGGAUUGUUAUUUCCAUCAGUUCGGCAACUGUUUUUGAUUCUGUGAAUAUUUGAUUGGGACAUUAAUCAUUAUUAAUCAAUAAUUAUUCAUAUUAAAUAAGUUCCUUGUGAAAAAACUAAAAUUCAAUGAAUUUUGUAGUGAAUAAAGUUAGUUAUACGGACUGACUGAUAGCUGGUGAUUUCUCUGUACCCAUAUACACUAAAGAAAUGAUUCAUUUUGGCUGCUCCAGUUAGGCAACACUGCAGCGGAUCAGUCGGCUGCAUAGUUUAUUUGGCACAGUUUUCACGCCUGAUGCCUUUCCUGACAUUUUAUUAUUAUAUUAUUUUUUAAUGGUUUCAUGAUCAGAAGGUUGCCGGUUUAAACCCCACCACUGCCAAGUUGCCACUGUUGGGCAAGACCUUGCGUUGCGUUGCAUUCAGUCACAAUUAGAUAAAGGCGUCUGCUAAAUGUCGCAAAUGUAAAUGUACCACUGGUCAGGGUCAUGGUGGGUUCGGUUUCCCCAGAAUCACUGGGUGCAAUGCAGUAACACACCCCGGACAGGAUCCCAAUUCAUCCCUCUCCCUCUCAGAUAUAGCCAAUCAUGUCCCAAGCGGUCGAUAGCACUGCUGGGGAUUCAAACCCUGGGAC